UUUGGCGUAGUUUAAUAUACAAUGAUAACUAAUCUUAUUCUAUUAAUAUUUACCAAUUUAAUUUCCUUGAGGACAUGUACAAUAUUUCCUUACGUUUAUCCCCGUUUAAAGCUGGAGGCGAAGACUCCAGACGUUGUUGGCGAAGCGCUAUUUCUGACGCCUCAUUUAGAAGAGGGGAAUAUUUCACAAGCUCAAAACUUAUCGAGAGUACCAUUCACUGAAAAAUUGGGAUUCAAAAGUUACUCCGGUUUUUUUACUGUCAACAAAACGUUCAGGUCGAAUCUGUAUUUUUGGUAUUUCCCGCCAUUUUCAAAGACCGAUGAGAGUCCUGUCGUUUUAUGGCUGCAAGGUGGUCCGGGAGCGAGUUCGUUAUUUGGUCUUUUUACCGAAAUAGGUCCGCUUGUUGCUAAAUCAGGCGGAUUUGGUUUGCGAAGGUAUCACUGGGCCUUACAUUAUCAUUUACUAUUCAUCGACAAUCCGGUGGGAACCGGUUUCAGUUUUACAGAACAAAAGACAGGCUAUUGUAGAAACGAAGAGUGUAUAGCUGAAAAUCUUUUCAAUGCUUUGCUACAGUUUUUUACGUUGUUUCCCAAUUUGAAGAGUAACGAAUUAUACAUCGCCGGUGAAUCUUAUGCGGGAAAAUAUACAGUGUCCUUAGCUAUGUACAUACAUCGAAAAAAUAGUGAGACAAACGACGUACAAGUAAAUUUGCAAGGUCUAGCUCUCGGUAACGCUUACUGUGAUCCUGUCAAUCAAAUGGAUUACGGUAACUAUUUAUAUCAACACGGAUUAUUAGACAAUGACCAACGUAAAGUUUUCUUGCAUGUACAAAAUAAAAUUGCCGAGAAAAUAAAACAGAAAAAUUGGGCGCAAGCAGACUUAUUAAUGGACAAGUUAAUGGAUGGCGGUUUAACGAAUAUAUCAUUUUUUAAAAUGUAUACAGGAUUCAAUUAUUUCUAUAAUUUCAUGAAAACUGAAGAUGAUGAAGAUAUAAGUAUUUUUAGUAAAUUAAUCCACAAUGAUAAAGUUCGACGUAUGAUUCAUGUCGGCGGACGUCCGUUCAACUCUGGCGAAGAAGUUCAAAUGUAUUUAUCAUAUGAUUUGUUAAAAUCUGUAGCACCUUCAAUAGAGGAACUCUUAUUAAAUUACAGAAUAAUGUUUUACAACGGACAAUUGGAUAUAAUCGUUGCUUAUCCUUUAACUGUAAGUUUCUUGAGAAAAUUAAAAUAUCCUUCAGCGUUUGAAUAUAAACAUGGUUCCCGUUUAAUUUGGUUUGUGGAUGAGGAAAUAGCGGGUUAUGUGAAAAAAGCAGGCAAUUUGGUGGAAGUUUUGGUUCGUAACGCGGGUCAUAUGGUGCCACAUGAUAAACCCAAGUGGGCUCUGAAUAUGAUCAUGAGAUUUAUACAGGGAACUUUUUAAUCUAAAUCUUUUUA